UAACGUAGAAAAAUAAUUUCUCAUGCAAUAUUGCAAUUAGACAAGCUCGUAACAGUAACCGGAACGCGAAUCUAUGGCGGACGCAUUCUAGAUCCGAUUAUCUUCUGCUUCUUCGUGGUGAAGUUGUCUCAGCCGAUCCGAAGCAGAAGCACUAUCAAAACAAAAGACAGGGUAUUAUGAGUUCGUCGAUCGUAGCUCCGUGCCCCUUUUGUCAUCUGACUGUUCCGUCAGCAGAUCUCGAGAGGCAUGCCAACAGUCACUUUGAAUGCGAAGAUGAAUAUGAGCAGCAAAAUGAACUCGCUAGGGACAUGGAUUUGGCCCAACAGAUUUAUCUUGCCCCUUAUUCUCCCUCUUCUUCUUCUUCUUCAAGUCCACAUCGCUUUAAAAAUGUAGUGAUUGUUGACAUGCCGUUUGAACCCAGGUGUAAUGACGUGACUAGGCGUUAUGGAGAAUCAAACACUGAUGAAAAUAUCUCUUGCUUAAUUGGUUUACAGAUUAGGAGCACUUUUUACAAAGUUGAAGCUGGUUUGAUGACUUUGUUGAAAAAAUGUUUGGAAUUAGAAGCUGGAAAUUCAACAAGUAUUUUAUCAGGUUACGUCGAUCAUUUCCAGAGCACUGAAUGUGAGGACAUUGGGUGGGGUUGCGGGUGGCGAAACAUUCAAAUGCUUGCCUCUCACUUGCUUAUGCAGAGACAAGAAGCAAGAGAGGUUUUGUUUGGCGGUUCAGGAUUCGUUCCGGAUAUCGCCUCACUCCAGAGAUGGCUUGAGAUUGCUUGGGAAAAGGGUUUUGAUGCACUUGGCUCUGAUCAUUUCAAUAAAAAAAUUUAUGGUUCAACAUAUUGGAUUGGAACUACUGAGUGUGCUGCUCUCUUCCGUUCUUUCGGGCUUCGGGCAAGGAUAAUGGAUUUUGGUCCAAAGGAAGUUGAAUCACUUUAUCUUUCUGGUCAUGGUUCAAGUCUAGGGGCACAGGUAUUAAAAACAAAUGACAGGGGGAAGAGGAAGGCAUUUCAGGUUUAUGGACCAAUGGAUAAGUACAUUAUGCGAAGCAAUAAAGAUGUUCCCCUAGCAGCUUCCAGAGGGCAUGAAAAGUCUAGAUAUUCUAGUAUCUCGCUUGGUAACACUUUAGAAGAUGGAAUUGGUGAUAGUAUUCUGAAUAAAUGUACCAGGAAAGACAAGGGUCAUCAAGUCCUUAUUGAUUGGGUGUGGAAUUAUUUUUCUGAUAAAAGCUUAAGCAAAUCUGGCAACUCUAGUGUUAUUGUCAGCGAAAAACCGCCCUUGUAUUUCCAACACGAUGGACAUUCAAGAACAAUUGUUGGGGUUCAAGUCAAAAUUCAACAGAAUAGGAUGCAGCAAUACAGUCUCUUAAUUUUUGACCCUGCUUAUAGAACAACAGCUAUAGAAAGAGCCCUAAAAGAAAAUGAUGGGUGGCAAAAGCUUAUAAAAAGAGGGGUUCACACACUGAGGAAGCUGCAAUACCAGUUGUGUUAUAUUGAUACUGGAAUUGCCCGUGGGGAGGAGAUGGAGCAUCUUAAGAGAAUAGACAGCACCUUUCUUGAAUUUUAGAGGAAUGUUCAAUUUCUGUGGUUGUCUCAGCUGGUAUAAUCUUGAAUAAACUCCAUCUGAGGAUGUUAUUAGGGUUGAGUGAGAACCCAUCUCAACAAUUUCACCUUUAUCCAUGACAAUUAUGGUGUCUGAGUUUAUCACUGUGGAAAGCCUGUGUGCAACUGUAAUCUGUGUGGUUCUUGACAACAAGCCACCAUUGUUGUUCAGAUGAAGGGACUCCAAAGCGCUCACUACAGUUCUUUCAGACUCAGCAUCAAGGGCACUUGUUGCUUCAUCUAGGAGCAAAAUUGCAGGCCUCUUUAGUAGAGUUCUUGCAAUGGCUAUUCUUUGCUUUUGUCCACCUGAAAGUUGGCAGCCUUUCUCUCCAACAGUUGUAUCAUAUCCAUCAGGCAAAUUACUUAUAAAUUCAUGUAUGUUUGCUUCCACUGAUACCUCCAGGAUUUCAGUUUCAGAAGCCGCAUCGUUUCCAUAGCAGAUAUUGUCUCUAAUUGAGGAGCUAAAAAGAAGUGGCUCUUGCUGCACCAAUCCUAUUUGUGUCCUCAGCUUUCUCAGAUUGUACUCCCUUAUGUCUUUCCCAUCAAUGAGAAUCUUUCCUUCCCUUGGAUCAUAAAAUCUUAGCAAAAGGGCCAAAACAGAGGAUUUUCCUGCUCCACUUGGCCCAACGAGAGCCACCUUUGAUCCAGCUUCAAUUUGUAAGCUGAAGUUAUUGAGAACAGUCACUUCUGGUCUUAAUGGGUAGUUAAACUUGACGUUUUGAAAUUCAAUUAUCCCCUUGAUCCUCACAAGAUGUGAAUUUUCCGGUGUAUCUGGUUCAAUUUCAGUUUUCCGGUCGAGGGUAUGGAAUGCAGGAGUUAGUAUCCUGAUGGCAGGGAUGACAGUGGGGAUCAGUGUCCAUAACUCAGUUAUUGAAGGUACUGUGAGGGAGAAAAUCUGGUAUGCUCUUAUGCCGUUUUUAAAGGUGGCUUGCUUUCUAUCAAUCAGAAUUAUUGUGUACCACAAAGCAACAGCAUGUGCAAUGUUCCAUAAACAAAGGGAGAAGCCUUGAAUGAUUCCGUACUUAAUACUCUCUCUUCUGCUCUUCCUCUUUGGGAUUUCCAGAAAUAUUCUGGCUUUCCUGAUUAUUUGCUCAUCAUGACAAAAGGAUGCUAUGGUUCUUAUGUUGGUCGCAGAUUCGGAAGUUAGGUUGAUAAGUUCAUGAUGUGCAGAAGCUGAAUCACCUGAAAAUCCUUUAGCUGACUUGGCUUGAAUCAGGCCACCGAUGAAGUGGCAGGGCAUCACAGCCCAAGCUACCAAACCCAUUCUCCAGUUUACAACCAUACUGACGAUUGUUGCAAUCAAUAUGGAGGAGAUGCAUUGUACAAUAACAGACAUACGAUCAGCAAUUAUGGUUUUAACCAUGGAGGUAUCAUUUAUGAUCCGUGAAGUAAGUGAACCAACAUUGUUCUCAGGCUUCUCAAACCAAGCUAUUUCAUUGUGCAGUAUGCCUGCAAAAUUUUAAUGCUGAGGAUGUCAAUUUACACUCUUGUACUCGGAUGGGAGCUCAUACUUCUGAUAAAAUAAUCUGCUUAAAACUUUAUUUACCAGAGAGAAAAAUGUAACUUGAUGAAGCAGAAAUUUUGAUGGGAGUACUGUAUACCUGAAUACAGAGCUUGUUUGAGGUUUAUCAUAGCCUUCUCCCCAACCAUGCCAAAAAAGUAAUGUUGCAUGGUGUGACUGAAUAAUGAAAGCAAUCCUAUUAGAGAAAAUAUGAUUGAAUACCAUCCAACUUCCCUCUUUGCAUCUUUCUUGGUGUACGCUACUCCUAUUGUAAUGAUGGAAAAUCCGAAAACAGGCUUUGAGAUGCCAGAGAAAGCUGCAGCAAAGGAGCCAAUAACAAUCUUUACAAGGUCUCUGUUUUUCAGGCCAAACCAGAUUCUGAGGAAUAUGCUUGUAUUUCUUCUUCCGCUCUGGUCUUCUUGCUUGGUAAAGUCACCAAUAUAUUUGUUGGACUCUCUAUAUUCCUCCGUUUGUUCAAUUUCUUGAGAUGAAACCUGUUGCUUGAUAUUUGAAGGUUCCUCAGUGGAGUUUGCGACUCUGUCAUUCAAUCAACGAUAUAAGCAGGUUGAGUUUUUGUUCCAUUUAUUUCAAUAACAUGUCAAGAAAGGGGGCAAUUGAGUGCACUAACCUCAAGUCGUGAACUGGGUUCAGGUUCUGCAUGUUAUAUAGGUUAUUGUAGACUUUGUUGGUAUCUAGCAAGCUCUGGUGUGUUCCUGUCUCUGUAACUUGUCCAUUUUCUACAACUGCAAUGAUAUCUGCAUUAAUAAUAGUAGACAGUCUGUGCGCGAUCAAGAUGACUGUUUUCCCCUGCAUGGCUGUCUCAAGGGCGUCUUGAACCAGCUUCUCUGACUCUGAAUCAAGUGCACUUGUGGCCUCGUCAAGCAAAAGAAUUGGAGAAUUUUUUAGAAUGGCUCUUGCUAUUGCGAUUCUCUGUUUUUGCCCUCCUGAUAACUGGACUCCCCUUUGUCCUACCUGGGCCCCAAAUUAGUGUAGAAUUAAUACUCUCAGUGGGUGCGUGAAUGGAGGAUCAAGCAUUUGGGGAUAUUAUGUUAUAAUGACACUGCUGCUCUGAAUUUGCUCUCAUCUUGUUUUCAUAGGUUAACAAAGCUUUACCUAUUAGACGUCUCAUGAGAACUAAGGUAAUUGACCUGCAGUCUUGAAAGCAAAGGCUUGGUUUACAUGUUUGGUUUAUUUAUUUAUGUUUGUUCCCAUAACUGAAUAAUCCUUAUCUACAAGGUAUAUCUCAUUAGAACCAAGGUAUUUGAACUAUAUUCUUCAAUUUAAGGCUCCUCUAUCCUC